AUUACCUCCCCUGAUCAUGCUUUAUCCAGAAUUUUCGCUACUUAAACUUAAUUUCAGUAGCAACACAAUUAAUUAUAAACAUACUAAUAAAACAGAAUAAGGUAUAACUCAUAUUCAAAAUGACAUCAGAGCCAGUUUUGUGCUAUAAUAAAGGAUGUGGGAAAAAGUUUACAUUUGAGGAGAAUUCAGAGAGUAAGUAAUGAAAGUAAUGAAAUUGGGCACUAUUUUAACUAUUUACCAGAUCAGUAUCUCUCCCGGCUCUGGCCUCAAGUUCAAGGCUCAAGCCCUCAGCUACUCGCCAGUGAAAUAACACUAAUAUGUCCGAGUUUAAUCCUGUAGUCUUAAUAGCAGUUGAGUAACACUAGCUUAGUGGGCUAAUGCAUAGAGAUGUCGCCAUGACUUCAUUUGCGUGUUUAUUAAAGUUAAAUGAGGGGAGAGACUGCAAUCAGGUUAGCACAAUGUGACAAUAAUGGACCCAUGUUCUGGAACCAGCUCCCCUGCCAUAUCCAAUAUCCGUCAUUGUGAAACCUCGUCCACUUUCAAAAAGUCCCUUAAAACCCAUCUGUUUAGGUCCGCCUAUGACCUGUGAUGCACUCUCCUUUCCCUGCAUCAUUUUCUGUCUCAGGUUGAUCCUGUAGUAUAGGCCAAAACGUGCCAAAGUGUCCUCGUUUUAUAUUUAUAUAGCCAUUUUAAUUGUUUCUAUAGUAUAGUAGUUACUAUCCUAGUGUCUCAUUUUUAUUUUACUUAGUUUACAUGUUUUUAAUAAUUGUAAAGCGCUUAGAGCUUUAAGGUAAGCGCUAUAGGCUAUAUAAAAAUGCCUAAAUAAAUAAAUAAAAAAGUGUUUUUUCUGUUGUUUUGUUCACUGAUGAAUUGACACAUUUGUUGGUUUGUUUUAUAUUUAUUAAAGUUGCAGUCUGCAGGGAAUUAAGGUUCAGGAUACAGGAUAGGUUUAGGGAUACAUUUUUUAAGGUUCAGUUUUGGUUUAGGGAUACAUUUAAAUUUAGGGUUCAGGUUAGGUGUAGAGUUUAGGAAUAAAUUUAGUUAGGUUUAGUGACAGAAUUAACUGGUCGUGUCAACCAAGGUGGCAGCCAUGUGGCGACAUCUGUAUAAUCACUCUAUACAUUUACCGCUUAGACUUUGUGACUUAGCCUUAGCAAUGAGCUGUUGUAGUCUUGCUUUUUUUCUUUAUUAUAUCAUAUUCUAAUUACUAGCAGUAUCAGAUGCCGGUGAGAAGUGGCAAUGUUAAUGGCAAGCCAAUGUGUUGCUAAUGCUAGCCUAUAAUUUUUGUUUUUGAUUUGGGGGCCAUCAAUAUAUUUAAAUAUUAAUAAAUAACGGCCCGUCAAGCUAUUUUGGCAGACUUUGGGUCCCUGUACUCAUACUGCCAAAUUUAAAGCUAUUGUUUCACUCCUGGUCAUAAAGUAUGAUAGUAAUUGAUUGUAAAGCCCAGGCCAAAUUCUUAUUGAUUUUGCUAGCCAAUUUAUUAGUGUAAAAAAAAUAGUUAUUAAUUAAUUUCAGGCAUAAGCUUUUUUUCUUUCAAUGCAAUUGACAAUAUCUCAUUAUUAGGGAUUUCAGUAUGGCUCGUGGAAACCAGGAAAUUCUGUUUUUACUGAUGAAUGCUUCUUGCAACGCGUUCAUUGUUUUUUUUUUUUGCGUUCUUUUUUAAGUUUUUCCCAUACUCUUUGUUUUGCUCAUUUCUAUUUUUCUAACUUGAUUGCAGUCUCUCCCCAUUAUUACCAUAAAUGAAAUUACACAAGAUAUUACUAAAGAACAAUCCUUAUCACCUCUAGCAAAUAACCCGUAAUUAUAUUAGCAUAGGCUAACAAUAAAAACUUAGUUUGCCACUGUUGAUCUCAAUUUUUUAGUGUUCAAAAUACUUGUUUUAAUUAAAAAAUUACUCAUUUUUAAGUGAAGAAUAAAAAUGUAUUAAGUAAUUGAUAUUAUUAAUUGUCUCAGCUGCCUGUAUCCAUCAUCCUGGAGGCCCUAUAUUCCAUGAUGCCCUAAAAGGAUGGUCCUGCUGCAAAAAAAGAGUUUCUGACUUUACAGAGUUUCUAAACAUCAAGGUAAAUACUUUUAAGUGUUCAUUUAGUUUUUAUAAUAUUUUAGAACAAAUAAACUCUAAUCUCAUAUUUCAUGUUUUAAAAAAACUACUGUCAUACUUUCAAAUCAUUUGAAAUGAUAACAUAGUGUCAAUUUUAAAUGCUUACAAAAUCAGAAUCAAAAUAAACUCAUUCAGUUACUUUUCCAAAAGAAGACUUCUGUUGAUUUCAAAUAAUCCAAAAUAAUUAAAGGUCUCAAUCAUGUUCAUUAAUUUUACAUUUAUAUAUUAACCCCCAAUUUAGGGUUGCACCACAGGAUAUCACAGUAAUGUCAAGCCACCUGAGCCAGAAAAGAUUGAAAAGCCCCCAGCAAACGUAUGUACACCAGGGCCCAAAUGAUAAGCGUUUUCUUACCCUUUUCCAGUUCCGAAAUUUUGGGCAUAGAGCUCAAUUUGAUUAAUCAGUAAUCUUAAAAAUAAUACUGUACAGUUUUCAAUAGUUUUCAGAUUGAUUUAUUUAAUCUACAUUAAAUGCAUUUCUGGAGGAUCGGUUUAGUAAGAUUAAAUAACACUCAAAGUGUAAGACAAUUACUACUAAGUAAAUAAUAAAUGUUAAGUAAUGUAUCCCAACAGUGCCAAUCUCUACAACUUUGCCCUUUUCCCUGUCUCCCUCUCAGUAAGAGGAUCAUGUGAUCAUCACAUUGAUGUACAUAGCAAGCAGAAUUUUAAGCUGCUACAGCAAGGUUUAUUAGGUCUGUGAGAAGACACAUCUAUUUUUAAAGACAAAAUGAUAUUUUUAUUCAUUAAAUUAUUCUUCAAAUUAACUUAUUUAAAACUUUAUAAACUUUGCUGAUUGUAGUUGAUGCAAAAAAGAAUAUGAAAGCACAUUGAUGUAUUCAGAAGAAUUUUAAAAGUUUGUAUGUGUGACAUACAGCUAUAAAUGAGAUGAACUUCCUUUCACUCACAAAAUACAAAUGGUACAUUUCAGUCCAAAGAACCCAUGUACCAGCUCGAUGUGAAACCACAGCACCGGCAGCCCAAUCCUACCCUGUCAGAAAGACCAUCAGAUGACGAACCCUUGGUUGAACUGCCAAAGACAGUUGGAGCGUCUCUUAAAACACAGCUGGACAAACUUAGUUUGAUUGAUCCAGAGAAUACUGAAGUUGUAAAUGGUAUGCAGGGCAGCACCAGUUUUGUAUCUGCCAAGCUCUGGUACAAAUCUGUGUAAAUACAAAUUUUACUGGUGUAAAAGGGUGUAAGUUAAAACUCAAAACUUACUUCCGGAAGUUAACAACUGUCCCUCAAAAAGUUCAGACACAGUCUGGCCUCCUUGCUUUUCAACUUUGAUUUUUUUUUUUAUUAUUACAAUAUUCAUACUUGUAUUACUAUUAUACAUAUAAAAUAAUGUACACAAAAUGGACAAAAGGUUCAUAUAAAUAAAUUGUAAAAAUUAAUUUAGCAAAUACUCUGCAACUAUUUCACUAACAGCAAUUUGCCCAUGCCAUUUCUGGUAGGCUCCUACUUCUAAAGUGUUGCAAUUUUUACAGAUAAAAUUAUCAAGGUAGGAACUUCAUGCAACAACAAGGGAUGUAAAGCAGUAAGUAUUGUUUAUUGUAGUUUUCUAUAAAGAUACUAUUUUUUUAAUUGUUGAUCUAAAAAGGAAAGGGGUGGGGGAUCACAUUUGGGUGUCCUUUAAAAUUUGUAUCUUUGUUGAGUUUUAAGUUCCCUUUUAUACAGAAGUAAAAAAAAAAAAAGAAAGAUUUUUAAACUGGUUUAAUUUGUUUACUCUUUGUCAUUUUCACUAUUUUCAGACUUAUGAUGGUGAACAAAGCAAUGAAGAACCAUGCAUUUUUCACUCAGGGGUUCCAAUAUUUCACGAAGGGUAAUUUGAUGCGUUGUCCUGAAUAAUAAUUUUUUUUUUUUGCUUUGAGAGAAAUGUCAGCAUUGAUGGGUAGAUUCUUUUUGUGAAAUAUUUUCAACUGUCUGUUUUUUUUUCUCACUUUUUCAAGUAUGAAAUACUGGACUUGCUGUCAAAGGAAGACUUCAGAUUUUGAGGCAUUUCUUAACCAAGAAGGCUGUGAAACUGGUCACCAUAAUUGGCACAAACCAAAGGUACCCUGUUUGUGGUUGAUCUUUUUUAUCCAAUGGACUGUUUUGGCUCAUGUAAUAAGGUAUCCAAAACAAUAUGUCUUUAUUUUUUCUUACAUGAUUUUGUUGUUUUGGUAUGAGCCGAGCUGAAGGACGGCCUCAUCUGAUUUUAUUGCAACUGUUUCAGGUUACAGAGGAAAAGCAAGUCCGUGUUGACUGGCACCAAACAACAUCUACAGUAUGCAUAUCUAUUUUUGCCAAAGUUGCACUUCCAGAAAAAACUGUGAUUCAGGCCAACCGUGUCAAGUGUAAAGUUAGUAUUGUGUAUGAGGGUGGGACCAGUGUAUAUGAGAAAACAUUUAUACUCAGGGAGGUAAGUUGUGUCUAUUUUAGGAUUUUUUUUUUUGUUUAAAGUAUGUCCUGAAAAAUUCAUUAAUAAACCAGCCUGUUAUUUUUCUAAUUAAUAAACCAGACCUUUUUUUAAAAAAUUAAUAAAAUAACCUGUUUUUUUAAAUUUUAAUUCAUAAAUCAGUCUGUUUUUUUUUAAAUUUUUAAAAAAUUAUUAAACUAGCCUGGUUUGUGGAAAAAAACAAACAAAACCAGCCUGUUUUUUUUUUUUUACAAAUUAUCAACCACCAGUAUUAAAAUUAUGAUAAUUAAACUUGAUUUAAACCUAGUUUCUCUAAUUAAACCAAACUAAUGGAAUUUUGCUUGUGAAAUCAUUAUUUAGUAAACUUCCAGCAAAUCAAUUUUUGUUAAAAGCCAAACAUAGGCAUAAAAAUACAUUCUGAUUUAACUUAUUUCCAACUUAGACAAUUUCUGAUUUAACUUAUUUCCAACUAAGACAAUGUCAACAAAAUGUUGUUUUUUUCCAAAUAGUCUAUGUAAUGCACAUAAUAAGUUAUGAACCAUUUUGUGAAAGUCUAACAGAUCUGCUAAAUCCUGACAGUUUGGGGAACUAAUGAGUUUCUUACACCUUUCAGUCCUUAGAAGAAAAAUUUUGCUAGCUUUACUGUUGAUCUUAAAUAGUUGUAGCCUUAGAUUGGAGUUGAUGUGGCAAUCACAAGUGUCUGGUGAUGCGAGUCCUUUUUAUGCAAAGCUGCUGUCAUUACUAUCAGGAAAUCAGUAGUUAUUGUUUGUAAGACGGGUCAAAAAUGAAUCAGCUUCCCCUGAAAUAUUCUACUCACAGGCAACAAAACUAAAAGGGAUGCAUUUAGAGACACUUUUUUUUGUUCUGAUUGUAGAUGUUAAAUCUAUUUUGUAUCACCAAAAAUUGUGUUCAUAAUUCUCUCAGGCAAUAGACACAGACAAGAGUGCAGUGAAACUGCUUGGUACCAAGAUAGAGAUAGAUCUGAAGAAAGCUGAAGCAUUUUCCUGGCCAACUCUAGAACUACCUGACCCUGUAAUCACCUCUUCCUCCUAGACAUGUUUUAUAGAUAGCUUUCCUGUUGAUAGCUUUAUGUAUUCUUGUGUCAAUCUCACAAUCUAAGUUACACUUUGUUAUUUACUGUACAACUUUGCGUUAAUUAUUUUUGUCAUUUAAAAAUACAAAACUUGUUAGUUUUUCCAGUGGUUUUUGAAUUUACAAAGAAUUGUUACAACUACGAUGGAUUUCAGUUCAGUGUUAAAAUAUUGGGAUUAGACAAUACAUAAAUAUCUUCACAUGACUUGUUGAAAGUUAAUACUAUUUCUGCACAAAGAAAGUUGUUCAUUUGCUAUUACUCUGUUCACAAUGUAGACACACCGACUGUAAAAUUAUCUUACCUUUUAUUUGUGGAAUUUUUUUAUCUGAUUCUCUUGUGAGGUGAAUGAUUCCAACAAUAUAUCAACAUUAUAUAAAAUGUUUUUAAAAUAUGGAUUUGAUAUUUUUAGUAUAAAAAUUUACCAUAAGCUCAUACGCUUAGGUAUCUUUAGCUUCCCUAAAAUGAUAAUUUUGUGCCUGACUAUAAAAAUAUUGUUUUAUUGAUUGCCAGGAUAUAUUUUUAAAACCUGUACUUACUAAAUAAAGGUAUAUCUAUUGUGCUAAACUUGAACGAUCCAAGAAAAAAAAAAUUGCCAGUUAAAUUUUUAGUGUUAUUUGACUGUGAAGGAGGUUGGGAUAAUAGGUGUGCAUACCUUAAGAGACUUACGCACACCUUAGAGUCUUAUCAGCAUGGUAAUUGUAUGGGUGUAAAUGUUAAAUGUACAAAAUGAUGUUUGUCCUGUCUCUUUAUUAUCUUCAAAUAAUGAUAAUCAUAUGGCAUUUGACCAAAGUACUUGCCAGUGCCACUUGAACAGUCUAGUUGAUCAAUAUAGUGUGAUUUCAGAACAAAGUCAUCGUUUUGGUACAUGUUCUAAACAUGUUUGGGCAUUAAUAAAUCUGGUAAAGUCCUUUCUUUCUUUCUUCUCUCAUUAAUUGAAGAAUGACAUUAAACAUGCCCACACAUACAUACCACGAAUUCUAGGUCACAGUGUAAAUUCCUUAGCAUUAGUUCAUAGGUAUUUCUAUGAUCAUCAUCACCCAUGACAUAUUUGGAUAAUUUAAAAUGGUUUUCCUUAAGGAAACCACAUGGGUAAUUUCCAGUAUAACAGUUAAGUUACACUUUAAGUGAAGACAAAUAUUUUUGUUUACUUAAAUGACUGAAUGAACUUGUAUGCUUUUCACUUUUUAUUAUUUAAUAAAU